AAGAAGUAGGGAAAGCGGGUCCCAUCGGGCGGCUGGCUCCGCGCAGAGCAGAGCAGAGCAGAGCAGAGCAGGGCAGGAGAGCGGGUCGGGGUCUCUUUGGGGGGUUCCGGGGAGAGGGCGCGGACUCUGACGCCGGUGAUGCGUAUUCCCGUAGACCCCAGCACCAGCCGGCGCUUCACCCCUCCCUCGGCGGCCUUCCCCUGCGGAAAGAUGGGCGAGAACGGCGCCGCCACCCUCGGAAGCGGAGGCGGAGGAGGCGGAGGGGGGCUCGGCCUGGGGUCCGGAGCAGCCCGGGGCCGGACAGAGCCCCCCCGCUCCGUGGUCGACGUCCUGGCCGACCACCCCGGAGAGCUGGUCCGCACCGACAGCCCCAACUUCCUCUGCUCCGUCCUGCCCUCGCACUGGAGGUGCAACAAGACCCUCCCCGUCGCCUUCAAGGUGGUGGCCCUUGGAGACGUCCCCGACGGGACCGUGGUGACCGUCAUGGCCGGCAACGACGAGAACUAUUCCGCCGAGCUCCGGAACGCUUCUGCGGUGAUGAAAAACCAAGUGGCCAGGUUUAAUGACCUUCGCUUUGUUGGACGGAGCGGCCGAGGAAAAAGCUUUACGUUGACCAUUACGGUCUUCACCAACCCCACCCAAGUGGCCACUUACCACCGUGCCAUCAAAGUGACCGUCGACGGACCCCGGGAGCCACGAAGGCACAGGCAGAAGUUGGAAGAACAAGCGAAAUCCUUCCCGAAUCGUUUUGAGGAAAUCGAAAGGUUGCGGCACUCCAUGCGCGUCACCCCCACGGCUCCCAACCGCGGACCCCUGACCACGCCCGGGCACUUCGGACCGCAAGCGCAAAGCCAGAUCCAAGGCUCAUCGGAACUGAGUCCAUUCUCCGACCCUCGCCAGUUUGACCGGUCUUUUUCUGCAUUGCCGGGCCUGGCCGAGACCAGGUUUUCCGACCCCAGGAUGCAUUACCAGGGCGCGAUGUCGGCGGCCUUUCCGUACACGGCCACGCCGUCGGCCACAGGGAUCGGCGGCAUCAGCAUGACAGGCAUGCCGUCCGCCACGCGGUUCCACCACACGUACCUGCCCCCGCCGUACCCCAGCUCCACCCAGAACCAGAGCGGGGCCUUCCAGGCCAACCCGUCUCCGUACCACUUGUACUACGGAACCUCCUCGGGGUCCUACCAGUUCUCCAUGGUGGCCGGGGGAGAGCGCUCGCCCACGAGGAUGCUGCCCUCCUGUCCGGGCGCCUCGGCCGGAAACAACUUGAUCAACGCCAGCCUCGCCAAUCAGAACGACGGCGUCGAGGCCGACGGGAGCCACAGUAACUCGCCCACGGCCAUGACGACACCCGGGAGGAUGGACGAAGCCGUCUGGAGACCAUAUUGAAAAAGAGACAAGCAAAGCCGGCACCUUCAUUCGGCUCUAGCGGAAUUAAGACGCCCAACCACAUCCUAGGAUGGUUGUUAAAAAAAAGAGAGAAGAUAUUAUUAAAAGAGCCGCAGGCAACGUUUUCCACAUGUAUCACCAAGUGAAAUUGCUUUUGUACAAAAAAUAUAGGUAAUUAAGUUAAUUAAGCAAAGGCAGACUGGAGAUGGGCUGGACUUUUUCAUACAUUUCAAGGCAACGUUCUCUUGAUGCCUUUGGGUUCUCCUUGAGCCACGGCUUCUCGUGUCCUGAAUGUACAUAAAGCGGCAAUGCUUUGCUCCUUUUGUAGCGGUCGGAGCCGUGCGUGGAAAUGGGUAAACAAUCAUCUCAAAGGCAACGAGUUGUCUAAAAUAAAUGGACAAUCAAAUAGGGUACUUCGCUCUCCUGGGACCAGGGUUAGGGUUAGGGUUAGGGACGUCUGUGAGUCUUGGUCAAACCAAAACGCACCAUGUUGUGUAUCAAACAAGGGUUGGUUUGGAUUUAUUUAUUUUUUUGCAAUUCAGUUACAUCUUUACCUGGAGGCAAUGUAAGGUUGGCAUGUCAGACUGCAAAUAUUGGCACGAUAGAAUAGGAAUCCAACAGGUCUUAUCCAUAGCGUAUAUAAUGUCUACACAAACCACGUUCAAAACUGAACAUAGCUGCUAUUUGCUCACAUGGGCCUUCUGCAAAAAUUGGAGAAUCGAGACAGGCAAUAAUAAUAAUAAUAAUAAUAAUAAUAAUAAUAAUAAUAAUAAUAAUAAUAAUAAUAAUAAUGGUAAAGGUAAAGGUUUUCCCCUGACAUUACAUCCAGUCAUGUCCAACUCUGUGGGUUGGUGCUCAUCUCCAUUUCUAAGUAGCAUUAUCUCCUGAUGUUUUGCCUGCAUCUGUGGCUGGCAUCCUCGGAAGUUCUGUUGGCCGUGAGGCAAGUGGAGUUUAUAGUAAAGGUAAAGGCUUUCCCCUGACGUUAAGUCCAGUCGUGUCCAACUCUGAGGGUUGGUGCUCAUCUCCAUUUCUAAGUAGCAUUCUCUCCUGAUGUUUUGCCUGCAUCUGUGGCUGGCAUCCUCAGAAGUUCUGUUGGCAGUGAGGCAAGUGGAGUGCAUAGUAAAGGUAAAGGCUUUCCCCUGAUGUUAAGUCCAGUCGUGUCCGACUCUGGGGGUUGGUGUUCAUCUCCAUUUCUAAGUAGCAUUCUCUCCUGAUGUUUUGCCUGCAUCUGUGGCUGGCAUCCUCGGAAGUUCUGUUGGCCGUGAGGCAAGUGGAGUGUAUAGUAAAGGUAAAGGUUUCCCCUGACGUUAAGUCCAGUCGUGUUCGACUCUGGGGGUUGGUUCUCAUCUCCAUUUCUAAGUAGCAUUCUCUCCUGAUGUUUUGCCUGCAUCUGAGGCUGGCAUCCAAAGAGCCGACGUUAUCCAUAGACACCUAUAAGGUCAUGUAGCCAUGGGCAUGACUGCAUUGAGCACCCUUACCUUCCCGCUGAAAUGGUACCUAUUGAUCUACUCACAUUUGCAUGUUUUCGAACUGCUAGGUUGGCAGAAGCUGGAGCUAACAGCGGGCGCUCACUCCGCUCCCCAGAUUCGAACCUGCAACCUUUUGGUCCGUAAGUUCAGCAGCUCAGCGCUUUAAUAUGCUGCGCCACCAGGGACUCCAAUAAUAAUAAUAAUAAUAAUAAUAAUAAUAAUAAUAGCCAAUGGGAUGCAGUGCGUUUGUGUCAAAAUAUGGAACAACAGAUAUUCUGUUGGGUCCUAAAACCAUUCCUCUGUGCACAUAUAAUAUUACGUAGUGUUGUGGUUGGAUUCUUGUUUAGUAGUGUUUAUAUCGGGUGGCAAAACAAGAAAAGUGACUUUCCUGACAAGAUCUUGCAGUUGUUAAUUCCUUGCUGCCUCUGCAGGAAUAAAAUCCAGAUUAUCUGCUUUGAACUGGCUUAUAGGGCAGUGUAAAGGUAAAGGUUUUAUCCUGACAUUAAGUAUAGUUGUGUCUGACUCUGGAGGUUAGUGCUCAACUCCUUUUCUAAGCCGAAGAGCCGGUGUUGUCCGUAGACACCUCCUGGGUCAUGUAGCCGGCAUGACUGUAUGGCGCACCAUUACCUUCCCACUGGAGCAGUACCUAUUGAUCUACUCACAUUUGAAUGCUAGGUUGGUAGAAGCUGGGGCUAACACUGGGAGCUCGCCCUGCUUCCCAACUUUUCAGUCAGCAAAUUCAGCAGUUCUGUGGUUUAACUUGGAGCACCGUUACCUUCCCACCAGAGCAGUACCUAUUGAUCUACUCACAUUUGAAUGCUUUCGAACUGCUAGGUUGGUAGAAGCUGGGGCUAACAGUGGGAGCUCACCCCGCUUCCCAACCUUUCGGUCAGCAAAUUCAGCAGCUCUGCGGUUUAACUUGGAGCACCAUUAUACCUUUCCGCCAGAGCAGUACCUAUUGAUCUACUCACAUUUGAAUGUUUUCGAACUGCUAGGUUGGCAGAAGCUGGGGCUAACAGUGGGAGCUCACCCAGAUCCUCUGAUUUGAAUUGCUGAUCUAGUAAUUUAACAUGCUGCACGACCAGGGGCUCCAUAUAAUCCAGUUCAAAGCAGAUAGUCUGGAUUUUAUAUGUCCUGUGUGAGUUUUAUUUAGUGCUCUUCUCAAGGCCAAAACCAAACAUGUUUGGGACAACGUGGCAUGGCGUCUGUCCAUCCGUGGUCUCAAUGUGCACUUGCCAACUCCAUUGCCGCCGGGCCCAGCCCAGCCCUUUUCCCUGGUCAUGCGUGACGAAAAACACGCGUUUUAUGCAAGCCGUCAAAUAUUAAGAUGGGUGGUUUUUGUUUGUUUUUGCUUUGCACUAUAAAUAUGCUUCUUUUUUAUAUAAAAAAGUGAAAAAAAUAAAUUAAAAAAGUUUGUCUCCAGGAAUAUUUAACUGUUCUUAAAAUAAAAAAACUAAAUCAACAUUUGUGUUUGUUAUAAUAAUAUAAUUCUUUUUUUUUAAGUUGCUGAAGGAUCUCAGUUCUUAGAUCAUGUUUAUAGUUUGUGUAUUUGUGAAUUUGUUUGGUUUUGGAAAGAACAGUGACUCGAUUCGAAGGCGGUUUUUAAAAGGCCUGCGUGUUGUACAGAAGGCCGUGUUCAACAUGGCAAAAGCGGGGCCACUUAUGUUCUCCCUUUGUGUAUGUGUUUUUAUGUGUGCGUAUGUUGGUCAAUGAGUUUUUUAAAUAUAUAUAUAAAUAUUUUAAAAGAUGUUCAUAAUAUUUAAAAAAAAUUUCAGGUGAGAGUCUGCACAAUAUCCAAAUAUUAUUUGGUGGCGUGUCUGUCUGUUUUGAAAUGUAGAUCUCCCUCUUCCCCAUUUUUUUGUUUUUGUAUCUGACAUGUAGCACUUGUAAACUCGCCGGGACACAAAUCCAUGCAAAACUCAACCGUCCCAAGCCAAAGUUUGGUGAAGACAUGGAAAGCUUUUUCUGAAUGUUUAAAGCAGGCUCACGUUGCCACCUUUUAAAGGAAGGGAUCCCCAAAGGCCAUCUAGUCCAACCCCUCAACAUAGAAUCAUAGAAUCAUCUGCAAACACAUGUCACCGCACUCCAAAACUCCGGAGUUUUGGAAGAGACCACCUGGGCCAUCUAAUCAAAUCCCUUUCUGCCAUGCAGGAAAAGCACAAUCAAAGCACCCCUGACAGAUGGCCAUCCCGCCUCUGCUUAAAAGCCUCCAUCACACUCCGAGGCGGAGAGUUCCACGGCUCAACAUCUCUUAUGAAUUGAAUGCACAGAUGUCUAUAAUCCACAGUGAAACGGAAAAAGGAAAAGUAUGGUAUAUAAUAUAGUUCAAAGUAACUAAUUUAUGAGUUCUAUAUUUCUAUAGUUAAAAUUUGAGACUGCAAUAGUUUUAAAUAAUAACAAUAAUAAUUAUUAUUAUUUUAUUUUUGUACCCCACCACCAUCUCCCCAGAGGGACUCGGGGCGGCUUACAGAUAUAAAACCAUCAUACAGUGAUAUCAAAUACAAAUAUCAAAUACAAAAACACACAAAUAAAUUUAAAAGGCAUUAAAAAUCACAAUUAUUAUAAAACACAUGAAAAACACAGCAAUAAAAAACAAAAUGAGCUGGAAUUCUUAUGUAAAGUGUUACUAAAGUAAACAUAUUUAUGUUAAGAACUGUACAAACUCAGUUAGAUAACAACUUUAGCAGCAUUUGAGAACAUUAUCAAGACAUUAGUAAAAAUUUUUUUGUUUGGUUUCAUUUACUUUAUGUGUCAAGACUGAGAGUAAAACCUGAAACUGCAACAGGUUUAUAGAUAUACUUAUGUGAAGUGUUGCCAUACUAUACAUUUAUGUUAUGAGUUAUACAAUUCCAGUUGCAUAAUAAUAUAAUUAUUGGAUACUUAAUUUAGAAUAUACGUUGCUUGUUUGGAACAAAUUCUGCAAAUACAGUAGAGUCUCACUUAUCCAACAUUCUGGAUUAUCCAACGCAUUUUUGUAGUCAAUGUUUUCAAUACAUUGUGAUAUUUUAGUGUUAAAUUCGUAAAUUCAGUAAUUACUACAUAGCAUUGCUGCAUAUUGAACUACUUUUUCUGUCAAAUUUGUUGUAUACCAUGAUGUUUUGGUGCUAAAUUUGUAAAAUCAUAACCUAUUUUGAUGUUUAAUAGGCGUUUUCUUAAUCUCUCCUUAUUAUCCAACAUAUUCGCUUAUCUGACGUUCUGCCGGCCUGUUUAUGUUGGAUAAGUGAGACUCUACUGUACUUAAUUUAGAAUUUACGUUGCUUGUUUGUAACAAAUUCUGCAAAUGGAUUAGCAUUAGUUGUUGGAUAUACAAUAGGGACAGGGUUAUGGUUUAUCACUGACUUCAUUUAAAUCCAGUUCAGACUUAAGUAGGUACGUCACCACAACCCCUUUCUUAUACAAGUUGGAUACGAGUUGGUGUUACAGAUUGGAUAUAUAAAAUAUUAUAUCACUAUAGAAAUAUAGAACUCAUAAAUUAGUUACUUUAAACUAUAUUAUAUACCAUACUUUUCACUGAACGUCUCUUAUGGUCAGGAAGUUCUUCCUGAUGUUCAGGCUGAAUCUCCUUUCCUGUCACUUGAACCCAUUGCUCCCAGUUGUAGUUUCAAGGGCAGCGGAUGACAAGCCUGGUCCCGCUUCCUUAUGACAGCUUUUCAAAUAUGUGUACAUGGCUCUCAUGUCUGCUCUCAACCUUCUCUUCUCCACCUUGGAUCCUCUCUCGUGGAGUCAAGAUAGUGCCGACAGUCCUCUACUUUCCUCAUCCACAACAGUCUUUGGCUCAGUCUGCGUUGCCUUGUGUAAGGCUGAGCGUUCAGGUCUAGUAAGUACACUUAGUAGGGCCAGCGACCCUGGAUUCCUUUUUUUGCUAGGAGAAAAAGUAAAAAGUUCCAUGCUCUUUGAUCCAAUAUACAAGAUUAUAUUGUUAGGUGUUACGCGUAAUCAUUUUAAUGCCUUACUGUCUGGAAUAAAUAAAUGUAUGAUGAUUACCAAUUA